GGGCCUGCUAGUACGAAAACCACAGCCUGUCAGCGUCAAAGGUGUCAGGCUGCCAUGAUGAUGGGACAGUGAAUGUGCCGCAGCUUCCAGUAAAGUAAAACACAGCAUAUGUGGUCACUCAACGUCUUGCCUUUUAGCUCCUUUUCCUCCAUGGAUAUCCAUAGUAGCUUCCUCAAAGCAAUAACAGCCCCAAGCUCUCAAGCCUGGCUCGUUGUCUCAGCUGUCUGUAUCCUGGCUUCCGGCCUAAUCUGGUGCUGCAAAUUGCUCUUGCUACCCACGGACAACCAUAAUACCCAGAAGGGCGCCUUGCAAGCGCCAUCAGAGAACCAUUCGUCGCAGACUUUGGAUUCUGCCAGUGACGACAAUUGUGCAUCCAGAAAUAUGUUUUAUCGUCCCCUUACGCAAUCCGGUCAUUCACAGCUCCCUGUCGACCCAUACCUUAAUGCUGUGCAAAAACAGGUUGCCGCUAUCGAAGAUACUCGUGCGAAACAGCCCUAUGAUGCUUUUCUCGUGCUUGAUGUUGAAGCCACAUGCUUGCAAGGAGCUGGCUUCGAAUGGCCAAACGAGAUUAUAGAGUGGCCUGUGUGCCUCAUGAAAUGGAAAGACAAGUCAUCAAAGGGAAAAGCAAGUCAAUUGGUUGUCGUGGACGAAUUUCGCAGCUUCGUUAAACCUACAUGGAGGCCUCAGCUGUCGCAAUUCUGUACGGAAUUAACCGGAAUAACACAAACACAAGUUAACAGUGCGCCGACUUUUCCCAAGGUCCUCAAGUCGUUUGCCAGAUUCUUAUCGCAAAAUGGCUUGAUUGAUCCCAAAAACGGGCGGCCCUUGCUUCGUUUUUGUUGGUGCAGUGACGGUCCCUUUGAUAUCAGAGAUUUUGUUGUGAAACAGUGUUUUCUAUCCAAAAUACCCAUGCCUGUUUGGUUGAGAGGCGAUGUUCUAGAUGUCCGGAAGGUAGUUUCUGCCUGGUCGGCAAGCCAAACAAUGCAAGAGAACUAUGAAGCAAAGACGAGGUCAGCAUCGGGAUCGCGUCUCCGGUCGUUGAACAUCCCAUUACAGCUCCGGGCACUUGGUCUGUCGGCUUUCGAAGGCCGUCAGCACAGCGGAAUUGACGAUACCCGUAACAUAGCACGAAUUAUCACGGAGCUAGCGCGGCGAAGCAUCCGCCUCGAGCCCAACACUCCCAUCAACCCCAACCGACGAUGGCAAUGGAUGGGAAAACCAGGAGAAGUUCUUGAAUUUUGCCUGAUCUGAUUUAGGCUUGCCGAUUGCACUGUAUUUUAAAUACUGAGAAUCCUCGUGGUAUGACUCGUAUUGUACUAGUAAAACUUUGGUCACGGGGAUGGCCUGAUGAUCAUCCUUCUAUAUUUAUGUUCAUUUUCACCUGUCACUCACUUACACGCAACAAACUAAGAACAAGCAUAUAUUUCUC